CUAAACCUAGCUAGCUCGACAACUACCAAGCGUUUGUGUAUUUUGAAGAAGACCAUUGAUGAUGUUGCUGCGAAAAUAGACCGAAGGGAAAAGUUAUUCCACAGUACUGUCUGGAGGACACCGUCCUGUCACCUCUCUAACAGGAUGUUACUGAAAAUACUCCUUGGCUUCCUGUGUGGCGUCGGAGCUUCGGCCGCAGAAAACGACACGGCUCAGCAAGGUCCUCCGCCGCUGCUGCUGGUGUCGUUCGACGGUUUCCGAGCGGACUACCUGCAGAGGUUCCCCAUGCCUAACCUGAAGCUCCUGUACAGCCAAGGGGUCCUGGUGGAGCAGCUCACCAACGUCUUCAUCACCAAGACCUUUCCCAACCACUACAGCCUGGUGACUGGGCUGUACGCUGAGUCUCACGGUAUCCUGGCCAGUAAUAUGUACGACCCUGUCAGCCACAAGCACUUCCACAUCGGCAACGACACCGACCCGAUGUGGUGGAAUGAGGCCCAGCCCAUCUGGGUCACAGCUCUGGACUCCGGCUACAAGACGGCGGCCAUGAUGUGGCCCGGCUCCGAAGUGACCUUCCGAAACCGCACAGCUACACACUUCCUUCCCUACAACUCCCGUGUGACCUUCCAGGAACGACUGGGGAACGUGACAAAUUGGAUGCUGGGAGACGGAAAGGAGCAAGGAGCGAUGUUUGCAGCUCUCUACUGGGAGGAGCCAGACCGCUCAGGUCACAUGUUUGGCCCUGACAACACCACUGCCAUGAGCAAAGCACUGAAGGAGGUUGACGACAACGUCGGCCUGCUGAUUUCCGAGCUGAAGCGGACCGGCCUCUGGGGUCGCAUCAACAUCCUGGUGACCAGUGACCACGGCAUGGCUCAGUGCUCGGCCGAUCGCCUCAUACGGCUGGACGACUGCCUCCACCCCAACAACUACACACUGGUGGACCUCACACCUGUCGCCGCCCUCAUCCCAAAAAAUGACCCAGAGGCUGUGUUUGCUCUGCUGAAACAGUGCAACACCCACAUGACAGCCUAUCUGAAAAAGGCCAUCCCUGAUAGGCUGCACUACAGGAACAACGAACGCAUCCAGCAGAUAAUACUGAUUGCUGAUGAGGGUUGGACCAUAGUGCAGCGGGGGAACAAACUGCCAAGAUUGGGCGAUCAUGGCUACGACAACUCCUUAUCCAGCAUGCACCCCUUCCUGGCAGCGACGGGUCCCAGCUUCCGUAAGAAUUAUCAAAUCAGCAGUUUGCAGAGCGUGGACAUUUACCCGCUCAUGUGCCACCUGUUGUCGGUGCCCCCGCAGCCAAACAACGGCACCCUGAACCAGGCUCGAUGCCUGCUGACUGCUGAGACCUGUUGGAAUGUCCCUCUGAUGAUCAGCCUGGUGGUGGGCGUUCUACUGGUACUCACUACAAUCACAGUUCUGUUCAGAUUGCUUAGCCACCGCCGCCCGUCAGGACCCCGGCCCUUCCAGAGGCUGCAGGUCGACGACGACGAUGACGACGACCCCCUGUUGGAGUAAACCAGUCCGAGCUGGUCACCACACACUAGUCUGUAUCACCUGUUCGUGCUCCAAUAGGUACUUUGACGUGUUGCACUUUACUCACUGAGGCCAGUUUUGGUGUGUGUGUGUGUGUGUGUGUGUGUGUGUCUGUCUGUGUCUGUCUGU